AUGUGCGAAGACGUGGAUUUCCUCGACAAAGUUGGCGACUUGGUCGAGUGGCUGGGCUUCCGUCUCGGUCGCAAUCCGUUCAUCGUCGACGAGGCCCUAGACGACGUUGUAAGCUCACGACUCGGUAUCAGUGUCCACAAAGCUCGGUCAUUGAAAUAUUGGCACUCUACAAGCUGGCGAAAAAAUAACAAGCUGGCAUCGAAGCAAAAUGGCUCGGAAUGGCAGAAGCAGCCCCCUCCUCGGCCUCUAGUGAAGCCUCUCGCUAGCAUCAGCCCGGAAGACGACGUUGUGGAUGGAUCACGCAUUGCUGCGGCACAAGAAGUUCUGCUGGAAGAAGAGAGCUUCCACGGUCGACUGCUGGCGCUGAAGGCAGCGCAGGAGUAUGUG